GCUCAGUCAGCCGAAUUAUGCCUAAAGAUCCUGCUGCGGGCGUGCUCUAUGUCGCUUCGCCGAGAAGAAAAUCACCCACACGAACGAGGUCCGAAUUACAACCCCCGAGCCCGCCGCCUGUAUGGCCAUGGUGGUGCAAGAACCUACACUAUGAUCUCCCCACACCAAUGACUAACGGCUCGCCUGCAGGCGGCCUGCCUGUCCUGUCCGAACUCAACAUCAUUCAACACGUUCAAGAGCUGGAAGAUAUAGGCUACCGAAUCGUCGGCACGGAUGAAGAGGUUCAGGGGGAGAUGUAUGUCUAUUCGACGAUGCAAAGCCUGUUGGAACAGUGCAGCCAGUCAAGAACGCUGGAAUGCAGCUUGUGGAUGCAGGAGGGCGACGGAAUGCACCAAUUUGACCUGAUGAGACAUGCUAUUCUCAAAUCUUAUCGCGGAAUUCGCAACGUCAUCUUUCGAGUAUCCGGCAUCAAUACCACGACCACACUGGAGGGAGAGCCGCUCAAGAACAGCGUGCUCCUAAACUCUCACAUCGACAGUGCGUUGCCCUCAAAGGGCUCUGCCGACGAUGGCCUUGGUGUUGGGGUGAUGGCCGAGCUAGCGAGGGUGUUGGUGGAACGAGACCAACACAUCCAUGGGAGCGUUAUUUUCCUCUUCAAUGGCGCUGAAGAGAGUCUUCAAGAUGCAUCCCAUCUAUAUAGUACCCAGCAUGAAACCCGGCACGACGUCAAGGCGGUGAUCAACCUGGAAGCUGCCGGCACGUCGGGUGGAGCAAUGCUCUUUCAGGCGACAGCGCAGGAAAUGAUAGAUGCGUACGCGCACGUCUCUAGACCGCAUGGCAAUGUCAUUGCUCUCGAGGUCUUCGGAUCAGGAAUCAUCGGGUCCGAUACCGACUUCCGACAGUUCGUGCAGUACCUGGACGUGCCCGGUCUUGACCUGAGCUUGGUCGGUAACAGCUACUACUACCAUACUCAUCGGGAUACCGUCGAGAAUAUUGAAGCUGGAGCUGCUCAGCAUUUCGGCGACACAGUCCUGGCAGUUUUAGACCACCUGCUGAAGCCCGGCUCAGCCCUCAACACCGACACCCCUUGGUCACCGAUGAACUCAGUAUUUUACUCUCUCUACGACCGGAUCUACAUUUCGUACUCGAUGAGGACGGCAGACCUUCUCUGUGUGGGGUCGCUCGUCGCCUUUGUCGCCCUCUUCUUCGCUCGGACCGAGAAGAACCACCGAAAAGUCUACUAUAAAGCGCUGUUUGGCCCAAUAUUGGACUUGGUGACCGGCUUACUGGCGGCGAUUGCGACGGCGAUCUUGCUAAGGUACAUCCUCAACAAGGGUCAAAGCUGGUUCACACACGAACAACUUCCUCUGGUCGUUUUCGGCUUGCCUGUACUCUCUGCCAUGGCCAUAAGACACUAUUACUUCUCGCCUCAGUCCAGCAAGCGAUCGCCUUCGGCACAUGCUUUUGCAUACGCGUCGGUCGCCUGGUCGUUCCUCUGUUCGACGCUACUACAAUGUUUACGCAUCAAGUCAGCCUACAUGUUCGCCAACAUGGGUUUGGCCGGGCUCGUCGUCCUGUUGUUCAACGAGUCAAUCAAUAUGGCUAUCGGGAAGCACGCGACUAUGCAUUUCCUGCCUUUGGCUUUAUGGAUCGCCAUCAACAUCUUUUUCGGCGUGGAAGCAAUCACUGCUUUCCUAGAUAUCUUUGUGCCUCUUGUAGGAAGGAUGGGACGAGAUGCUCCGGGCGAGAUCAUCGUUGCCGUCAUCACGAGCUUCCUUACCCACAACUUCCUGCCGUCCGCCGCGCCUUUCUUCCAUCGAUUCGACAAGAGACAGCAGCGUCAAAUCGUCAUAUUUUUGCUUCUCUUGAGCAGCGUAGUGGUCGCCGUAUUCGCCUCUCCCGCUUGGCCUUCUUAUGACUCGACCCAUCCGAAAAGGACCGGUGUGCAGUGGAUGUACAAUACUACCUCGGCAGAGACCUCUUUACACGUCGCACAACUGGAUUCGGGACCAGGUUACGCCGAUUUCGUGCAAAAAAUCCACCAACGAUACGGACAGCAAGCACACUUACCCGUCAAAGGCGGACCGGAGAAUUGGGAUAUUCUGUAUCCGGUUUCGCCUUUCAUUGAAAGCCAGCAUUUCCCGAUCACAACCAACGGAUCGCUCGCUCAAUCCCCAGCUCCAGAACUGACCAUCAAGCUCGUGAACAAUCGCUUCGACGAAGUGUCUGGGUAUAGGAUCAUGACAAUCGAAGUGACCCAUGAAGGGAUCUUAACGCCAGUUUUGUCUUUCUCUGCUGAAGUCAUUCAAUGGGACUUCAGAAUCACGCCGCCCGUAGGCGAGUUGAAACACUACGUAAAAGCCAACGCAUCCCCAGGCUCGACCACUUUCCAGAUGGUCAUGACGGUGAAACCCGCCGUCGAAUUGGAGGAACAUCGACUCGCCAUCAGCUGGGUGGGCAUCGAUAAACGUCAACUGUAUCCCGGAACUUCGCAGAAACAUCCCGAACUCGCCGUCAACAAGCUUUUCAAGGAAAUGGACGAAUGGAUUACUGACGAGUGGAACGGUUCAAUGGAAGUGCUGAUGUACGGCGGCGUGUGCGGCAUUGUCGAAGUAUAG